AUGGAUGUGGUCUGUGAGGAGCAGUCCUUACCCCUGGAUGUCACCGGUGCCCAGACUCUGGAGCACAGAUGCCUUACCUUGGAUGAAGUUUUCCAGUGGUCCCGGUCUUUCAACGAGCUGAUGAGCACUAAAUAUGGUCCGGUGUUCUACGGUGCCUACUUGAAGACAGAGCACGGUGAUGAAAACUUUCAAUUCUGGAUGGCCUGCGAAACCUACAAGAAAAUCUCCUCACGGAAGCGAAGGCUCUCUAAGGCCAGGAAGCUUUACAAAAUCUACAUUCGGCCCAAGUCUCCCAGAGAGAUAAAUAUCGACAGCCCUACGAGAAAAGCCAUCGAUCAGAAUAUUCACGAACCCACCGAGGCGUGCUUUGACGAAGCUCAGAAAAUUGUAUGCCUGCAUAUGGAGAGGGAUUCCUAUCCCCGGUUUUUAAAGUCAGAAAUUUACCAAAAACUCUUCCGGAGCCUUCAGGCUGACGGCUUUCGUGAAUAGCACACCCACUGUCACCAACUGAAGGGUUCACAGUCCUCAUAAGGACAUCCUCUGAGUCAUUAAUUCCUAUAAAUGUAAUCCGACUCCAUGUAUAUGCAAAACGGGAUGUUGUGAAGGUACAAAGAUAGAUUUGA